GGACGGGACGCGAGCCGGGAGUCUAGGGGCUGGGUGGGCCGGCAAGGCAGGGCAGCGUGGGUUUUGUUCCCGUUUUCAGGUGGCGGACCUCCCGGGGAGGAAGCCUUUGUUUUGCGGGAGGGGGCCGAGCCCGGUUCUUUCUCUCCCGCCCCCCUUUGUGGGCCGAGCGCACUCCCCGCCCCCGAGCGCGCGCGUCCCCGCCCUCCUGCGCUGCCUGCCGCGGGGCCGGGCCCGCGGGCCCGCCGAGCCCCGCGCCCUUUCCGGGCCGCCGAGCGCAGCGCCGGGCCGCCGAGGGAGCGCGGCGGCCGCCCGGGCUCGCGGGCUCCCGGGCUCGCGGGCUCGCGCCUGCUGGCUGCGGGGCCUGCAGGGACGCGCCGCGUUCUUGGGCAAGGUCGGGCGCCCGACUUCUUCGGGACUUGGUCGUUCUCCCCUUUGUGUCCAGACGUAGCAGGGGCUCUUGCCGGGCCCUGCUGGCCCGAGCGUGCACGCCACAACAUCCCGCCCGCGUUUCCGUGUCGCAUCCCCUAAUGCUCAGGAAAUGCUUCCGGAUGUCCAACUAAGAUUUGAAUAAGCGGCCUGACCCCGUUGCUGGGUGUCCUCCGAGGCUGCCCCUGGCUGACAGCUGUGGGCGAUAGAGACGCCUCCUGUGCCCUGCCGUCUCUUCCAUCGCCUCCUCCUGCAGUCAGCGCAGCAAGCCUCGGAGGGGCACUUCCUCCGUAGGUUUGGGGAUGGACAGGACUUAACACUCUGGCCUGUGAGGCGGGAGAUACAAAGGCUUCCAAAGAAGGACCAGUUCCUUGGAUGUGCCCCCUUACAGAGAGAUGAAGGGGCAGCAGAAAACAGCUGAAGCGGAAGAGGGGACAGUGCAGAUUCAGGAAGGAGCGGUGGCAACUGGGGAGGACCCCACCAGCGUGGCCAUUGCCAGCAUCCAGUCAGCUGCCACCUUCCCUGACCCCAACGUCAAGUACGUCUUCCGAACUGAGAAUGGGGGCCAGGUGAUGUACAGGGUGAUCCAGGUGUCUGAGGGGCAGCUGGAUGGCCAGACUGAGGGGACUGGCGCCAUCAGUGGCUAUCCUGCCACUCAGUCCAUGACCCAGGCGGUGAUCCAGGGUGCAUUCACCAGUGACGAUACGGUUGACGCCGAGGGGACAGCUGCCGAGACGCACUACACUUACUUCCCCAGCACUGCCGUGGGCGAUGGGGCCGCGGGUACCACCUCGGGGAGCACGGCCGCGGUUGUCACGACGCAGGGCUCAGAGGCACUGCUGGGGCAGGCGACCCCUCCCGGCACCGGCCAAUUCUUUGUGAUGAUGUCGCCACAAGAAGUGUUGCAGGGAGGAAGCCAGCGCUCCAUUGCCCCAAGGACUCACCCUUAUUCCCCGAAGUCAGAAGCUCCGCGGACCACUCGGGAUGAGAAACGCAGGGCUCAGCAUAAUGAAGUCGAACGCCGCCGCCGAGACAAGAUCAACAAUUGGAUUGUGCAGCUGUCCAAGAUCAUCCCAGACUGCUCCAUGGAGAGCACCAAGUCUGGCCAGAGUAAAGGUGGGAUUCUCUCCAAAGCCUGUGAUUAUAUCCAGGAGCUUCGACAGAGUAACCACCGGUUGUCUGAGGAACUGCAAGGGCUUGACCAGCUGCAGCUGGACAAUGAUGUGCUUCGACAGCAGGUGGAAGAUCUUAAAAACAAGAACCUGCUGCUUCGAGCUCAGUUGCGGCACCACGGAGUAGAGGUCGUCAUUAAGAACGACAGCAACUAACUGUGGGGACUCCGGGGCUUUGGGCCCUACAGCCCCUUUCUGAGAACUACAGAUAGCCCAGGAGCAGCAAGCCAACCCCGUGCCCCUUUCCUUCACUGCCCACUUCUGGCGUGGGACCAGGGGGAGUCAGAAGGCGUGGCUUUGAACUGAGGCCCUGUGACCGAGCAGCCUGCAGUGGCCUGAAACACACGCGUGGGCGGGCGCGGACAGCCUUGCCCGCCCCGCGCCAUGCAGCCCCUGGGCCCUUGUGCCCCUCUUGCGCAUGCAUGUGCUGUCUCCGUGCUGGAUACUGGACACACAGAACCGGGGGUGGGGGGAGCUUGCCCCGUGCUCGCUUAGAGUGCCAGCAGAGGGUCCGCUAACGAGUGAUGCUCUGGCCUGCCCCAGGACUCUGGCGCUCUCUUCCACUGGUUCUUCCUCACCCUGGAGCUCAGAUGUGCACCUGAGGACUCUGGGGAACAGGCUUUAGCGAGAAGUGGGGAAAAGGAUGCUUAGCAGCGGCCGCUGCCCCCAGGAAGAGGAGAUUGGCCGGCAAGCAUCUAAGGCCUAUGCAGAAGUCUCUGGAGCCCGGGAGAACAACAGACAGGGGCCCACUUGGGGUCUUCCCCCUUGUGGGGACGGUUUUUCUUUUACUUUCUUUUCUUUUCUUUUCUUUUUUUUUAAAGAUAAAAUGUUCAGAGCCACA